AUGGCACAGGAUGAUCUCUAUAAGGACCAGAUCUUUAACUGGCUGGAAUCAGUCAUUAAAUGUGAACUACCCACCAACAGUGAAGUUAUUGUUGAACAACCAGGGUGUCCAUUGAAAAAACCUUCAUUGUCUGUCAAUGAACUUGACCCCCGUAUUGCAGAAGGUCCAAACUUAGGUGAUGAUGACUCUGAUUUUGCUGAGCAAUUUCAGCAAUUUGUUACAGAGUUGGCUGUCCAUUGUAAUUGGCAUGAGCAUACUGAGACUUGUUGGAAACAUUUACAAAACAACAAACCAAGGGAUGAUCACCACUGCAGGAUGAGGAUGAAUGGUACAACCAGGGCAUUCAUAGACAUAGACCCUGAGACACAAUCUAUUUUGCUUUGGAGGCUGCACCCUCGUAUCAAUAAUUUUAAUGAUGUUGUGUUGUUCCUUUUGCACUAUAAUAUGGACAUUAAGUAUAUAGAAUCUGGUCAGGCUGCAAAAGCUUUAGUAGACUAUGUGACGGAUUAUAUUAUAAAGAGCUUUUUUCCUGUGCACGUUGGCUUUGAUGCUCUAAGAUAUGCCAUCAAACAAAAUUCUGUAAAGUUUACAGAAGAUUCUAAUUCCAGCCCCAAGGAGAAAAGUCGCAGCUUGUUUACAAAGUGUGUGAACGCUAUCAUUGCCUGCCAGGAACUAUCGCACCAGCAGGUAAUGAGCUAUCUUGUUGGUGGUGGUGAUUGUUAUAAAAGUCAUACCUUCCAAAUUUUGCGUUGGGGCCAAUUUAACCGUUACAUACAGUCACAGCAACGAGACAGUGAAGACUUGCCAUCCCAUUCUGUUGAUCAAGAUAUUGAUGCCACCAUUGCAGAAAGUUCUGAUUCCGAUGGCAAAAAUGAUGAACAUCCUGUUCUACUGCCCUCAACAAAUGACUCACUUGAAUUGCAUGAAGAGGUUUUGCUGUCUUUGGACGGGGAUCGUUUUUCAGUGCAUAGUAAUCUACAAGAUUAUCAAUGGCGCUCUCCUGAGCCAACAUUUGGAAAAUUGUCUUUAUGGGAAUACACAGAAUAUGCUCACAAAAUUUUAUUAGCAGCUGAAAAUGCUCGACUAGCAAGGCUGAGUGAACGGACUGGUUAA